CAUUCUCUCACUUCAUCGAUGGUAAUAAUUAUUAAGGAGGAUUAUUUUUGUUAAUGUUCAACGUUUUCCUACAUUAGCACACUAUGAAUGCCGCGGCACAGGCUCUAUCUUCAGUCAACUAGCUUGGUCCAAUGUUCAGACGGGACUGUAUCUAUGGUAUCAACUCCUAUGUGCCAGGAACCGUCGCCAGAGAUACUGGAACGCAGUCAAAUCACCGCCCUUCCUGAACUUGAUCCAUCCCUGCUCUGGGUGCUUCGGGCUUCUCCUGAAAUUCCUCUUGUACCCUAUCCUUCGCCUCUUUGUGUCUACGGACUCUCUACCUGAACCCAAUAUGUUGCUGGACUCGCGGACCCCUGAUGGAGCUCAUGACACGAAGUGGUGGCCGUACAAAUUCAUCUUCAGAAUCCAGCGAUUUGUCAAUCGUCAAAUCUUCAGCGGGAGGCGAAAUCCAUCUUCUGCGAAGGAAGCCUGGGAGACAUGCAGCAAUCCACUCAUCGGGACAGAGUCUAAUUAGUGCACCCCAAGGAACAGAGAUGGCACCUAAACCGAUUGAUAGCCCCCAUUCUUUACCGUUCAAGCGAACAAUCUCAAAGGCAUCACUACCUACGAAAAUGAUGAGGACUUGGCCUCCAAUCAUGAUGAGGUUGAUUAUGAUGAAGAAAACAUUGCGAUGGAGACCUUCAAAGACCUUUAGCUUGUUAUCUAGCCGACGGUCGCUAAGAUUUCGGUUAGUGAAGUAUUACUUAUCAAAGCUUCAUCACAUGCUUGAUUUCGUUGAAAAUUUGCAACCAGACAAAUGUGUUGAAGACGAGUGUCUUGAGCUGCUUGGUAUCACGUUCGGAGUCUCCGUACCAGCCUAAAAGGGCCUUGCCACCAAAACUUAACACAAAUGUGAUUGCAAGUUGACAAAUAGCCUGUCCUAUGAUCAUCUUGGCCAUUCUCAGCUUAAUGAGCGGUGCCGACUUUCGAUCUGGCUUCCGGUCAAGGACACUCCUCGUAGGGGGGUCUGUGGCCAAUGCAAGAGCUGCAAAGGUGUCCAUGAUCAAAUUGACCCAAAGGAGUUGGACAGCGUUGAGAACAAAUUCCUGCUUGCUGCUUGCAACCGCUGAGACAAAUGUCAAGACCACGGCUGUAAUGUUGACAGUCAGUUGGAACUACCAUCAUCCGAUCAGCUAAGCUUCACGGCUACCGUAUAUUCAAGCUCACCUGAAGAAACUUUUUGACAGAAUCAUUAACGGCACGACCCCACAUCAACCCCUCGACAAUGGAAGCAAAACUGCAAGUCAUCAGUGGUGUCCUGCUCUAGUAUACGAACCGCUCACUUACUUGUCAUCAAGAAGGAUAAUUGACGAUGCUUCCUUAGCCACUUCUGUUCCAGCAAUGCCCAUGGAGAAUCCAAUGUCUGCCAUCUUCAAAGCUGGCGCAUCAUUCGUUCCAUCGCCUGUCACUGCCACUGUUUCCCCGAGAUCUUUAAGGGUACGGACCAGGAUCCGUUCAUCCUCCGGGCUUGAGCGGACCAGGACUUGGAGAUAUCUCACCUUUUGUUUGAGCUCUUCAGGUGGAAGUCUUCGAAACUCGGGGCCUUUCAUCGUAAUGCCACCUUCAUGAGGACGGAAAAUACCACAUUUGGAGGCGAUAGCAGAGGCCGUUUGGAUAUUGUCACCAGUUACCAUUCUUACAAAGACGCCAGCCCGGCGACAAUCCUCAAGAGCACUGAUUACAGUCGGUCGCAGCGGGUCUUUGAUACCGUAGAUUCCAAUCAGUGUCAUACCUUGGUGCACAGCAUUGAAAUCUGCGUGGAGCGGGUUUUCCGGGGAGACGGCUCCCUCAGGUGGCCAGGAUUCGAAGUCGCGAUAUGAUGAUUCGAUGGUUCGUAGAGUCUGUCCGGCAUAGGAGCUAAUAAUCAUAUUGAUCAUGUCUCGAUCCGCUUCAGUCAGGGGAACAGACAUCGUUUCCCCUUCCGACACAUUCCCGAGACACUUGGUACACUGUUCCAGCAGUAUCUCGGACGCGCCCUUUGCGUAUGCGCGAUACUUUCCAUUGGGUAGCUUGACAAUUACAGCACUGUACUUGUUCUUGCUAUCGAAAGGUACUGUCUGCACGAUAUUGGCAGAAGAUCGUAUCUCUUGGAUUGGCCCAGCUCCUAGAUGAUCUCGGCAAUAGGUAAGUAAAGCAACCCCAGUCUUGGAACCGACGAAUGUCUUCUGGCCGUCCUGGUCACCUUCGAAGGCCGUUGAGUUGAGCACAUUGGACUGGAUGAGUAGAGUCUUGACUUGUUGACUUAGUCCAUUCACGAAGUCGGCGUCUGGGAUAUUGGGUACAGUGAGAGCUUUCCGUUCGAUGGACAAGGAAUUGUCCAUUGGCAAAUCAGCACUGCCGAAACUGGUUGUUUUACCAAUUGUUGCGGCAACUACCGUCAUUAUAUUCUGGGUAAGUGUCCCAGUUUUUAUCAGAGCAAACAGUCGUGGCAUUGCCCAUCGUCUCGCAGGCCUUGAGGAUUUGAACGAGAUUGUUGUCGCGGAGCAUCUUGACAGUCGCAAAGCUCAGUGUUAGUGUGACUGCCAAAGGCAAUUCUUCGGGGACAGCCACUACAAUAACAGUGACUGAGACGAUAAAAAUCUUCAUGAAUUCUUGACCCUUCUCAGAGGGAGAUCCGUGGUUGUUGGGAAGCUGAGCACAGAACUUGAUGAAGAGCACGACGAAUAACAACAGCGCGGCGCCCGUACCUACUUUGGCGAUCUAAUCGGCCAAGAUGUUGAGCUUCUUCUGUAGAGGUGUGUCUUCCUGUUCGGUGCGGAGGGCCAUUGAUAUUCGGCCAUAGCUGGAAUUCACACCCACAGCAGUCACAAAAAAUGUCCCAUUGCCCUCAUUGACCUUGCUUCCCGAGAUGAUGAAAGGAUCGAGCUUCUCUGCCUCCUUGGUGCCGAGUUUCUGGAUGACAUCGAACACAUCUGCUGCCGGUGUCUUUCGGAGCAGAUCCGACUCUCCAGUAGCUGAAGAUUCGUCACACUUGACGGCGCUGCCUUGAAUAAAGAUGCCAUCUACUGGUACGAUAUCCCCCGUGGCAAGAUGCAUGACAUCCUCGACCAUGACGUCGUUGAUGGAUAUCUCUUGGGACUUCCCUGAACGAAUAACAUUGACCAUACGAUCAUUGGUUCUCUUAGUGAGCCGGGUGAACUCGCUGCAUAUGCCAAUCGUUGAUCGUACCGACCAGCACAACAAUACUGCCCGCUCCUCAACAAUAAUUGCGACACCUUCAACCCACUCGACUCUGGGCUCCCCUUUUUUAUGCUCGCCUCCAAAGGUUUGGCAAAGGCCUAGAGCUAGUGAUAUAAUCGCCGCAAUGGUCAAGAGAAUGAGAACUUUGUCGUUAUAGGUAGUCCAGGCAAUCUCCAAGAGGGAUUUUGUCUUCUUAUCAGGAAGGCGAUUGUCUCUGAAGAUCUUUUUUCGGUCGCAAAAAAUCCUAGUAGAGUUGGAUUCUCAGGGGGAGGAAUAUGAACUGCUGCUUCAGCAUUACUCUCUGGUAUUACAUCACCAGCCAUCCCGUGUUUUGGUGUUCCUUUUGGCGCAACUUCGUGGAAUGCGACCUCUCCAGCCACUGUGGACUCAUCGGCGCUGAGGCCAGCAUUGCGAUCUGUAUGCAGUCCCUUCUCUAUACCAUCAAUUCUCCCAAGGGCAUAAAAGGCGUUGAGGCUCUUGGGAUUGAGCAACUUAGAAAGCUGGCCUGGGCUGAAGGCAAAUUUGCUUUUCUCAGUUCUGAACAUGUCUUCGGUGCCUGGGUCCGGAGUCAAUGCAUCUGAAGUGUCUAGUAGACUGGUUUCGGUGUGGCGACAUGGUCGUUUUCGGGGUAUUUGGCUUCCUGCGAUAUAUGAGGAGCUGCCAUCUUGACGAUGGUGGUGAGUGUCGGAGCUUCAGGGCCUAGAUAGAUAAUCGACUGACUCCUGAGAAAGCCUUGACAGCUUUUAAAUAGGAUAGUAUAAAAACAGAACAAGAAUGCCACGAUCAAGAGGCAUCCCUUUAUGUUGUGAGUGAA